AUGGCGACCAAUGGACAAGGAUUGGCGCACAAUAAACAAGGAGUGGCUCCCAAUGAACAAGGCAUGGCGACCAAUGAACAAGGAUUGGCUCACAAUAAACAAGGAAUGGCUCCCAAUGAACAAGGCAUGGCGACCAAUGAACAAGGAUUGGCUCCCAAUAAACAAGGAGUGGCUCCCAAUAAACAAGGUAUGGCGACCAAUGAACAAGGAUUGGCUCCCAAUAAACAAGGAGUGGCUCCCAAUGAACAAGGCAUGGCGACCAAUGAACAAGGAUUGGCUCCCAAUAAACAAGGAUUGGCUCCCAAUAAACAAGACAUGGCGACCAAUGAACAAGGAUUGGCUCCCAAUAAACAAUGA